UUUGGGCAUUUGGGUAUUCGGGUUUCUCAUUUCUUUCUCCCACCGCACUUCUUAAACUGAAAUUACACUUCUUCUGCACCGACUAUUCAUUCGGGUGAGUAAUUGAUGCAUUGAACUUGCUUUUGUAUCAUGACCUCACUGAGGUUUUCUGUUUCUCUGGAGACAUUUGAUUCUUCAAAGAAGUUCAAUUUCUCUGCAGUCAAUUCUCUUUGCUACAGUCAUGUUAGUAGAGCUUCGGUAGUCAAUUCUUCGAAUAGAGUCUCUGGGUUCAAAUUUGAAUUGUCGAGCAUUUCGGAACUAAAUCAAAUGAGUGAAGAAACCACUCUGUCUCUGUCCUCGAAUAAAAAUAGAGUAGAUGAGAGUUUGGCUGAACAAAACCUGGAUUUCAGACAAGCAAGUGUGAAGGGGUCUCGCGGCCCAAAGAAUGAGGUCAAAAGAGAAAAGGAUUUGAAGUCUAGUUCAAGAAAGAGUAGGUGGGUACGGGAAUUGGAGAAUUUGUUUGUGAAUGAUGGGGAACUUGAUGUUGAUUACUCUGUUAUUGGGUCUGACUUGAGCUUGGAGCAUUGCAAUGAUAUUUUGAAACGGCUCGAGAAGUGUAGUGAUGUCAAAACUCUCAGAUUCUUUGAGUGGAUGAGAAGCAAUGGGAAAUUAGAACGCAAUGUGAGUGCUUUCAAUUUAGUUUUGCGGGUAAUGGGUAGGAGAGAAGAUUGGGAUGGAGCUGAAAAAUUGGUUCAGGAAGUGAUUGCUGAUUUGGGAUGUGAACUGAAUUAUCAGGUUUUCAACACCCUUAUUUAUGCAUGUUGUAAACUGGGGCGACUUGAGUUGGGAGGAAAGUGGUUUCGAAUGAUGCUGGAACAUGGGGUCCAGCCGAACAUUGCAACAUUUGGUAUGCUAAUGGUACUUUACCAGAAGGGAUGGAGUGUUGAGGAGGCAGAGUUUACUUUUUUUCAAAUGAGGAACUUUGGAAUUUUAUGUCAAUCUGCGUACUCGUCAAUGAUCACAAUUUACACCCGCUUGAAUUUAUUUGAAAAAGCAGAAGAGAUCAUUGGCUUAUUGAAAGAAGAUAGAGUGAGACUGAAUCUGGAUAAUUGGUUGGUAAUGAUUAAUGCUUAUUGUCAGCAGGGUAAAGUAGAUGAUGCUGAACUAGUAUUGGUCUCCAUGCAAGAAGCAGGUUUUUCUCCAAACAUUAUUGCAUACAAUACAUUGAUAACUGGAUAUGGGAAGGCAUCUAAAAUGGAUGCUGCUGAUCACCUAUUUCAGGGCAUAAAGAAUGCCGGAUUAGAGCCCGAUGAAACAACUUACCGUUCCAUGAUUGAAGGUUGGGGUCGAGCUGACAAUUAUAAGGAAGCAGAAUGGUAUUAUAAAGAGCUCAAGCGGUUAGGGUACAAGCCUAAUUCGUCUAACCUGUACACACUAAUAAACUUGCAAGCCAAACAUGAGGAUGAAGAGGGGGCCAUAAGGACGCUUGAUGAUAUGCUGACAAUGGGGUGCCAAUAUUCCUCAAUUCUUGGUACUCUUCUGCAAGCAUAUGAGAAGGCUGGAAGGGUUGAUAAAGUGCCUCGCCUUUUGAGAGGUUCUUUUUAUCAACACAUUCUUGUCAGCCAGACUUCUUGUUCCAUUCUUGUCAUGGCUUAUGUGAAACACUGCUUAGUGGAUGAUACUAUGAAAGUGGUGAGGGAGAAACUGUGGAAGGAUCCACCUUUCGAAGAUAACUUGUAUCAUUUGUUAAUUUGCUCGUGUAAAGAGUUGGGUCAUCUAGAGAAUGCUGUUAAAAUAUACAAGCAAAUGCCCAGAUAUGAUGACAAGCCAAACAUGCACAUCAUGUGCACAAUGAUUGACAUCUAUAUCAUCAUGGGUCUAUUCACUGAAGCAGAGAAAAUUUAUGUCGAGUUGAAAUCUUCUGGAGUCACCUUGGACAUGAUUGCCUAUAGCAUUGCUGUAAGAAUGUAUGUAAAAGCUGGUGCUUUGAAAGAUGCUUGCUCUGUUCUAGACACAAUGGACAAACAGGAGGGCAUUGUUCCAGACAUUUAUAUGUUCCGAGAUAUGCUUCGUAUUUAUCAGCGAUGUGGAAGGCUUGAUAAGUUGAAAGAUCUCUACUACAAACUCUUGAAGAGUGGAGUGACCUGGGAUCAGGAAAUGUACAAUUGUGUCAUAAACUGCUGUUCUCGUGCUUUGCCAGUUGAUGAGAUCUCGGAGAUUUUUGAUGAGAUGCUUCAACGUGGGUUUGUUCCUAAUACCAUCACCUUCAAUGUCAUGCUCGAUGUAUAUGGGAAAGCAAAGCUUCUGAAGAAGGCUAGGAAGUUGUUCUGGAUGGCCCAAAAGUGGGGUUUGGUUGAUAUGAUCUCUUACAAUACUAUUAUAGCUGCUUAUGGGCGAAAUAAAGACUUAAGAAACAUGUCUUCGACAUUUGGAGAGAUGCAGUUUAAAGGAUUUUCAGUUUCCCUUGAAGCAUACAAUACUAUGUUGGAUGCUUAUGGGAAAGAGAGCCAAAUGGAGAUAUUUAGAAGCGUUUUGCAGAGAAUGAAGGAAACAAGCUGUGCUUCGGAUCACUACACAUACAACAUUAUGAUCAAUAUCUAUGGAGAGCAAGGAUGGAUUGAUGAAGUUGCUGACGUGCUGACUGAGUUGAAAGAAUGUGGACUCGGACCUGAUCUGUGCAGCUAUAACACGUUGAUUAAGGCAUAUGGAAUUGCAGGAAUGGUCGAAGAUGCUGUUCAUUUGGUCAAGGAAAUGAGAGAAAAUGGUAUACAGCCUGAUAAGAUAACCUACAUCAAUCUCAUUAAUGCACUGCGAAAAAAUGAUGAAUAUUUGGAGGCUGUAAAGUGGUCCCUAUGGAUGAAGCAGAUGGGGUUGUAAAGUUUACAUUGCUCAUUGCUCAUGUAUAUAAUUUACGGCAAUUUUCCUUUUAUGCCUCUCAAUAAUACUGAUAAGACA